GAAGAAAUCAAACUGGUUUACACUAGCUCGUGAAAAAGAUAUUGGAUAUUGGAUCUAGGUUCGAAGGGUUGCUUCUGCGCAUAAUACAAACGAAGGUCGAUCAGUUGGUUGCUUGAACGCGUGACUAUUAUGACGAAAAGUACACAGUCUAUCAGUUCAGGAAACAAAGAUGGUGGAGUCGAAGCUGAACUCGACCUCCCUGUAUCAUGUAGUUUUACUGAUCAAGCUAAACAGCGUGAAAUUCAUCAGAAGAAAAUUAAUAAAACGAUCAUUGAAACCCGCAUAAAAACCAAAGCACUGCGCAAAGCUAAGCAUGAUGUACACAAACAAACAGACGUCUGUCAACCUGAUGAAACAGCUCACCAAGAGAUCCCAUAUAUACCGCUGGACAAUAACGAAAAGUCAAAUGUAAGAUCACUCCCACCACAUAUACUUAAUUAUAUUAAGAAAAAGGAUUCUUUAGAGGAAGAAUUUAACUGUCCAGGACAUUUCAACACAUCAGAUCAUCUCCAGUAUGAUGAAACUGAUGAUGACCACUCUCCCUUGCAAGAUGAAUCUUCAUUCUUGGGUAUACCAGCCAGUUGUUCAUCAAACGAGAGUCAACUAUUGUGUGGCAAUGAGUCCGAUGAAGGGUAUGACGGCAGUGAAGAGCAUGAUAAGAGUAAACCAAAGACAAUACUUUUUGACAAUGUUGAUUUUUCCACGGUUAACUCUCACACAUUGAGAUCUGACUUGGAAACACGUAAUCACAAAUCAUGGAAAAGAAUAAACAGAUUGAAUGGGAUUCAUGUCCGAGUUUUAGAUGGUGGAAAUAGUGAAAACACAGCGCGUCAAACAUGUGAAAGUUUCAGAAAAAACCAUUUAUAUUCCUCUUCGUAUUCCGGAAGGUACGGAGAUGUUAAACGAGUCUCAUCAAGCUUAUUGAAAAAUUUAUCAAAGAAAAAGAAAGCUAGAUCCAGGAUGCAUUAACUGUUUGACUUAAAAUCUUGUAAAUAUGAUUUUUAUAUACCCUUUUAUUGAUACCAUUCAGUUUACUGUUCAUUUCUAGAGUUUAACGUAUUUGUGGAAUAUGAAAUAUCCUGACUGUUAUAUUU